UGACAUAGCAUUAUCAUGCAAGCUGUGUUGCCGUACAGUUGUUACAGAAAUAUGGCGUCUGCUAUCAAGAAAUCUGUGGAUUUUAACACGAAACAUUUAAAAACAGGAGAUCCUCUUCCAAAAUGGAAUGGCAAACUUCGUUUAUAUAACAUGAGGUACUGCCCUUACGCACAGAGGUCCGUUCUCGCCCUUAUUGCUAAGAAUGUUGAAUACGAAAUUGUUAACAUUGAUAUUGUUAACAAACCGGAGUGGCUAAAGAGCAAAAGUCCUUUGGGAAAGGUGCCAGCAUUGGAAAUAGCUGAUGGCGUCUGUAUAACAGAGAGUUUAAUUGUAAGCGAAUACGUAGACGAAGUGUUUUCGCAGCGCCCACUGCUUCCCAAAGAUCCUGUUAAAAGGGCAAAAGACAAAAUUCUUGUAGAAAUGAUAAGUCCUAUGGAUGCAUUCCUCUUCAAAAUAUUCCGAGCCCCAGAUACAAUAAACGAGGACACGAUUAAACAUUAUAUUGCUGUAUUGCAAUUCAUUGAAGAUGAAUUGAAGAUACGGCGCACCACGUUCUUAGACGGUGCCGAGCCGGGCUAUGCUGACUUUAUGAUUUGGCCCUGGUUUGAGAGGGUUCCAGCAGCUAUUGAAUUUGAUUCUAGAAUAGCUAUAGACGACAUGAAAUAUCCAUCAUUGGUGCAAUACAUAAGGAACAUGCAAAAAGAUCCUGUUGUUAAAGAGUACAUAGUAUCAAAUGAUAUAUAUAAGAAGUUCCUUGAAGGCUACAAAACUGGAGCACCCGAUCAUGAACUGUUAAAUAAAUGAUUUUUGAUAUUUUAUAAUAAAAUUUAUUGUAUGUGACACAACUAAUACCUAUACUAAAAAAUGUAAACAGUUUUGUAUGGAUUCAUUAAUAAAUCUUUAAUAAUAAUUUAUUAUAGUGAAGCCAAAAUAACUUUGCCUAACGUCUAUAAAGCCAACAUUAUAAGUAAAUAUAAGGCCCAUCGCCUACGUCGGCUGAUGCAGCUUGAGCGCAAGGGCCAAGAUCGAGUAGUGAAGGAAGCAUGCUUAAGCCUAGUGGUCAAAGACCAGGAAGCCAUGACAGGUACCACUGGAUCGACAGGGUGGAGGACCUGCUGCAACUAAAAGCCAGCAAUUGGUAGGAAGCGCUAGAAGUUUCUCGUUUCAACGUUCUCGGAGGCCAUGACACGUUUUGUGUCGCAGAAACUUCGGAGUGGAAUAAAACCAAAAAGGAUAGUAAAUUAAUAAAUUCUAAAAUUAAAUUUUGUUAAUAGUGAUAUAUAAAAGCGUUCUAAUAUCGUGAAAUAUAUUGUCUAAAUUGUAUCUCAUACAUAGUUUCAUUUAAAUAAUCAUUAAAUAUCUUUAUUAAUGCAAAAGUUACAGCACUGAAGUUGCACUUGCAAAAUUA